AUGAAUCUCACUAUUACUCGUUUAUUAGUUGCAGAUAAAGUGCUUCCAAGCCCUUUAUUCUCACGUAACUUUCAAAGUGAUCAGCAUAUUUCAUUCAGUUUAUCAUUUUCAAGAUUUAAUAAAAUAACAAAUACAAUUCUUAGCGGAAUUCCUUCACAAAAAUAUCAAGUUUAUCAAACUAAAUUCAAUAAAAUAAUAGGAUCUGCUAUUAAAAUUGAUGGAUUAGUGAAAGAAACCAAUCAAAGAAUCGAAAAACAAAUCAUUUCAAAAGAAUCUGACAAUGUCAUCAUCGAAGAUUGUAUAUUUACUAAUUUAGUAGCCGAGAGAGGAGCAGCAAUAUAUGGAAGAGCAAGUUUGAUAAAUAUUACCAAGUCAGUCUUUUCUAAUUGCCAUUCUAAUGUUGGUGGCGCUAUUAAUUUACUAGAAUCGGCCUUUAUUAACCUAAAUGACGACCAAUUUUACAAUAAUUCCGCAAAAUAUUCAGCUGGAUGCCACAUGGACACUAGAUAUGAAUCAGACUCAUCAUUGAUCCAAAAUACUAAUUCUAGCCAAAAUCAUGCAGAACUUUGGACAGGAGCCAUGAGAAUUGAUAGAGCGGGCGGUCAUUUACUUACAUCAUAUUUUGUAGAUAACCAUGCAUUUGUUUCAGGUGCUUUCUUUGAUUUUGCAUUCAAAACAACUACACGAACUGUCAAAAUGGCUACUUUUCUGAAUAAUAGCGCUCAAUGCAGAGGUGGUGCUUUUACAUGCUUCCAUAUGAUGCACAAAUCUAGGUUUGAUACAUGUAACUUUGUUUUGAACCAUUGUGAUGAGCAGGCACAUUCAAUUUCGCUCGAAUCAGUUUACCAAGUAGUUAAUAUCACUAACUGUAAAUUCGAUGGACCAAAAGAUGCUCAGGUAUCAUCUAGAUACGGCGAAUCUGAAUUGAAUAUUGAUGAUACAAAUAAAUUUGAUGUAAAUCAGGAUCAGAUACCAGAGCUUCCUCAAAUUAAGAAAUUCUUCAAACUAAAAUGA